UGCAAAGUCUGGACAGACGAUAGGCUUGGCUCAGGUGAGAUUCAUAACGCCAGUCCGGAUGAGAGCUGUUAUGAUUCCGGAGUGCACAGGCUCAACCAUACACGCCCCCAGCGCCAGGCAAAUACAUAGCCUCUCCAUGCUGAUCUCGCGUGGAUGGCUCGGCUGUGCCUGACCGGAGAACAUUCAUGUCUGCUGGGGCAUGCCUCGCUCGCAUGAUUUAAGCAUGCCAAUUCCCCCUCGCUCACCCAAUACCGCCAGCAGCAAGCCGCGAUGUUUUCCAACGCGAUCGCUAGCUCGUUGCUCUGCGUCUUCCAGUUCUCAUCGUUCGUCCAUGCAGAUGAGACUGAUCCUACUGACUUCUCGUCGUUCCAAUACCCCGGAGCACCACGGAUCAGGAGUCAGCCGGAAUAUGACUUCUGUAUCGUUGGUGGCGGUACAGCUGGCUUGACGCUUGCCAAUCGGCUCACCGAAAGCGGCAGGUUCAAUGUCGUAGUCUUCGAAGCUGGGGGCUCCCCGGAGCAGGUGGCCACGUACAAAACAGCGGGAGGCAAUCAAUUUGUGCUCAACGGUGCCUGGAGCUUGCUUGACUACAAUUUCGAAACGGUUCCGCAGGUGCAUCUGAACAAUCGCACUCUCAACUACCACCGCGGUCGAGCUCUGGGAGGCAGUAGUGCUACCAAUGGCUUGUUCUACGGGCUUGGAAGCCGUGAAGUCUACGAUCAGUGGGAACUUGAUGGAAAUCCAGGAUGGAACUGGACAACAAUUCAACGUGCAGCCAAGCGAGGUACAGUGUUUGUGGGCAACCCAGAAAACACGAAUGACAAUACAUAUAUGACUUGGGAUCCCAACAAUUAUGGCACGAAAGGUCCACUCAAGAUCGGCUUUCAAGGCUAUGUACCAGAGUCGAACCCAUCGUUUAUGAAUGCCACAGAGGCUAUCGGCCUUCAAAUUGUGCGAGACCAGGAUGGCGGCAAUCCCAUCGGUAUCAAACAGGGCACCAUUCACGCAGACGAGAAGUUCGAACGCUCUUCAUCCUACGACUCAUACUAUCAAGCCGCCAAAGACCGUCCCAACCUAGACGUCCUCGAACGCGCCAUUGUGUCCCGCAUCAUCUUCGCCCCCAACGGCAACGCAUCCUACUCGGACUCCGCCGAACCCGAAGCCAUCGGCGUGACUUUCAUCGACGGCACCUCCGGCCUCUUCCACAACGUCUCAUGUAACAACGAAGUCAUUGUUUCUGCCGGGGCCUUCCACUCUCCUUUCAUCCUCAAACAUUCCGGCAUCGGUCCCGCUGACGAACUGGCCGAAUUCGGCAUUCCAGUCGUCGUAGCAAACGAGAAUGUUGGCGAAAACAUGCACGACCAUAACUCCUUCUCUGUCAUCCACGCCGUGAAACCUGAGUUUGCAGACGUGGCAUCUACUACCGACCUCGUCAACGACGUUCGCGUUCUCAACGAGGCACAACGGAAAUUCUACACUGCCUCUACUCUCAAGGAGCGAGCUCAGAGCAAAUGGUCUGCUCCCUCAGGCGCCACCAACGGAUUCCAGAAAAUCCCGGCUGAUGAGCUGCGCGCUAUCGGUGCUGGGGCAAUCAUCGACGCAGGCUGGGCGGAUCAGGCACAUAAUGAGAUUUUGUACGAGAGUGUUUGGUACCCGCAGUCCUUCACCGAGUAUGGUCAACCGCAGCAGAAUACAAGUUACUUCUCGGUCACGGUGAGUAAUCUGGCGGCAUUGAGUCAAGGGAGUGUGAGGUUGGGAAGUAAUUUUGCUUUGAGUGAUCCGGUGAUCGAUCCGAAUUAUCUUGCUGAGGAAGCAGAUCGGGCAAUGGCCAUCCAGGGAGUCAAGUAUUUGCGUCAAGUUGCGGCUCAUCCAGCUUUGCAGCAAUGGUCGGCGGGUGAGGUGCUGCCUGGGUCACAGUAUCAGAGUGACGAGGAGUUAUUGGAAUAUGCUAGGUUGCACAUGAUUCCCAACUGGCACGCCAGUAACACUUGCCGUAUGUUGCCGCGGGAGAACGGCGGUGUUGUAGAUUCUCAUAUGAGAGUAUAUGGCACCAGGCGACUUCGAGUCUGCGAUGUUUCCAUCUUUGGUCGUCUGCCAGACGUCAACCUUGUCGGCCCGGUCUAUGCCGUUGCAGAAUUGGGCGCGGAAAUCAUCAGGAAGGAAUAUAAUGAUUGGACAGAGGACGAAAAUUGAGGGGCUGCUAUGAUCAUUCGAUCCGUGGAUAUAACAAUUAUUCGGUUCGGCAUGAGCACAACGUAUUUAGAAGAGAAUGAUCUGCUUACGACACUGAUCUAGAGACUUUGCGAGGACUCGCUCC